UUCAAAUUCAAAUUCUAUUUUGCGUGAGUUACUACGGGUCUUAUUGUUUACUUUUAGUUUCAUCACAUAGGCCACUUUGGGCAAUUUACAUUUAAAACUUGCACAACUGUUCAGAAAACCAAAAAUUAUAAGUACUGUCAUAGAUGUUUUUUACUACACAACGUUGCUACGAGCCAAAAAGUCUUUAGUUAACUUCUGCAUGUUUAUACUCAUCUUAACAGAACAAUGUCAACAGUACCAGCCAUGGUUGAUAGUGGAUGCACCAGCGUAUUUUUCAACGAAGAAGCAUACAGAGAACGCCUGUCCUUAUCACCAGCAUAUCUGGGAAAUACAUCAAAUGAUACAUCACAGACUGCUCUGGAAUCAGAUGACUCCUUGAGUCUAUCACAAUUAACUAUAGAGGAACCAGAGCCGAUAGAAAUCCAGCCGUUCUACAACAUAUCACCGCGUCCUCUUCCACAGUCCCCACAUUACAUUAUAGAAGAGGAAUUCUCCUCAAACCCCUGGGCAAUGCUAGUGGCGACGAUAUUCCUAACAAAAACAUCUGGAAAAGUAGCGAGACCGUACAUGAGGGGUUUUUUUAAAGUAUACCCAACUCCCUACCACGUUUUGAGCGACCCUCCCUCUGCCUUGGAGAGGUUUUUCGAGAACUUGGGCUUGAGGAAACGCGGUCACAUGAUCUGGAAGCUAAGCAAUCAGUUCGUGUCGUCCAAAUGGAGACGAGCCAGUGAUUUGUGCGGUAUCGGGAAGUAUGGAGAGGAUGCCUACCGGAUUUUUUGCUUAGGCCAUUUGGAAGUCGACCCCGACGAUAGAUAUUUAAGGUUGUAUUUAGAUUGGCUGCGACGUCACACGGAGUUCAUGGGAGACAAUGGCAUCAUGGAUAGCGAAUGCGUAAUCGAAGAUCCGGUUCUAAAGUAUUAUAACGUUUCGCUACGUAAUACAGUAUCAUAGUAUUAGUA